GUGGCAAGAAGAAGCAGCACUAAACACGCGGUCGGCGGGCUGCAGUUAAAUUCAACUUUUAAAUAAUUAAAUACUCUAACUAUGGUCCAGAAUAAACAGAAAACCGCUAAGUUACCAAAGCCCCCAAAGGCAGUGAAAAGCGCUGCCAAGGAGGAUGGAGUUUCCAAGGCAGAAAGCUGGCAAAAGGUCAAAAUCAAGGGCCACGUGAUAUCCGAUGAUUGUGGAGGCUACGAGGGGUUAAUUGGUCUGGAGGUCCUCAAAGAUUACGAUGCAAGCCUGGUUAAGUCCACGCAGAAAAGAGUUAGUUCCCGGAAUCCCCCUAGGGAGCGCAAGCUAAAGAAGAAAAAGAGGAAGGUGUCCAAAAGCGGAGAGGAGGACUCCAGCGAGAGUUCCAGUGAAUCGGAAAGCGAGGAUGAAGUGGUGGCCACUGCCAAGGCCAGUAAAAAAGCUCGUCUAGCCGAGAGGCAUGCCCAAAAAAUGCAGAAACUACGUGAGAAACGAGAGAAGCGAAAGGAGCUUCGCAAACAGAAAAAAUCAAAGGGCAAUGAAAACGAUAACAGCGAGGAUUCCAAUGAAGAAUAUGCGGCAGAUCGUUUUGCACUGCUCAGACCACCCCCUUCGGAUGAUAAAGAAGAUAUUGCCGAGACGGAAGAUUCGGAGAACCAACAGGAAUCCAGUGACGAGGAGGCUCCACAACUAGUACCAAUCCCCACAGUGGAAGCGGAAGAUGUCUCCGCCUGGAACGGCCUGGGAGUGCCUGCUCCCAUCCUGCGUGCCCUCGGCGAACAGGGCUUCAAGACACCCACUCAAAUCCAGGCUUUGACUCUACCCGCUGCCAUCCACGGCAAAAAGGAUAUCCUCGGAGCAGCGGAGACGGGCAGCGGAAAGACCCUGGCCUUUGGCAUUCCUAUGCUGGCCGGAAUCUUGGAGCUGAUGCAAAGGAACGUCCUUUCUGGCAUACGAAAGGCGCCCAAGGUGAAGGGACAGCAGCCCGAACCAGCGGCCGAUGAACACGAGUUGACGCCUCCGCCGGAAGAACUAGAUCAUGUUUCCGGAGCCAGUGAUGAGGAAAGCGAUGCCGAGGAUCAUGCUCAGCGCAAGCAGACCCCCUUGUACGGCUUGGUGCUCACACCCACCAGGGAGUUGGCUGUACAGGUCAAGAAUCAUCUCGUAUCGGCUGCCAAGUACACGGGCAUUCGAGUAGCAGCCAUUUUUGGUGGCCUUGCCGUAGCGAAACAGGAACGAGUUCUACGACAGUGCCCAGAAAUCGUUGUGGCCACACCUGGUCGUCUCUGGGAGCUUUACGCCCAGGGCAACCACCAUCUGGGCAAGAUUGAGGAUGUCAGCUUCCUGGUCAUCGACGAAACGGAUCGCAUGGUGGAGAAGGGGCACUUUGAAGAACUCAGGAGUCUACUUAAAGUUCUUAACUCGGACGAACAAAAGAAGCAUCAGCGGCAGAACUUUGUUUAUUCGGCUACGCUGACAUUGGUUCAUGACCUUCCCGAUCACAUGCAAAAGCGCAAUAUAGGCAAACGACCCAAGUUUGUGAAGCAAACAGUAGAUCAGAAAAUUGAGAGCCUCAUCGAGGAGCUAGGCAUUUCCCAACCCAAGAUUGUGGACAUAACGAGCACACAGCAAACCGCCCAAACAUUGACCGAGAGCCGUCUGCUGUGCCCAAUCGAUCAUAAGGAUUUCCAUCUUUACUACUUUAUUCAGCGCCAUCCCGGUCGCACCAUUGUCUUCUGCAAUUCCAUCGACUGUGUCAAGCGACUGGCCACGCUGUUCGGCCUGCUGGACUGCAAUCCUCUGCCCAUCCAUGCCAAUAUGAUCCAGAAACAGCGCCUGAAGAAUUUAGAACGAUUCCGUGACAGUCCCACUGGUUUGCUGAUAGCCACUGAUGUGGCGGCGCGAGGCCUGGACAUCCCGAAUGUGGAGCAUGUGAUUCACUACCAAGUUCCGCGUACCAGUGAGAACUACGUCCACAGAUCGGGACGCACAGCCCGAGCUAAUAAGCACGGCAUAACCGUCAUGUUCAUGGAGCCGGGCGAGGUAAAAAGCUAUGUGAAGCUGUACAAAACACUGGAAAGAACUGAGGAUCUGCCGCUUUUUCCCAUCUCGGAGCGAUUCCUCGCCGCUGUCAGGGAACGCGUAAAUCUUGCGCGGGACUUAGACAAGGAGGAACUGAAACUUAAGCGCGUUCAGAGCGAGCGCGGCUGGAUGAAGAAGCAUGCCGAAGAAAUGGACAUGAUCAUCGAUGGCUACAACGAUGAAUCUGGCAGUGACCAGGACGAGGAUCCCUUUGUCAUAGAGCGAAGGCGCAAUCGUUUGCGAGUGGAGACAGUAAGAGCCCAGCUUAAUAGUCUUCUGGCCCAACCAAUCUUCCCCAGAGGAUUCAGCUUCAAGUAUCCCAACAGUGAGGCAACCCAGUUGGCCACAAGCCACACCCAAAGUGCCGUGGAGACCAUGAAGGCGGCCAUAGAAGAGCAGAAGCAGGCCAAAAAGGAUCGUAACAAACGCAAAAGAAAUGCCUAGGACAAACUAAAACUAUUUUUAUUAAAUAAAGGAUAAAAUAGUUAAAACA